UCUGCAAGCAAGUUGUGCAUUCUGUACUCGGCUGAACGAAGAGGGCGCAGAGCCGGGUGAGGAAAGCGCACUGGCUACACUUCUACCCCGUCAAAGCAGAGCGAAGGGGAGAGAGAACGGUAUUUGAUUGGCGGAGGAGGUAAGAGCCAAAAACUCCGGCCAGGAAACGGCUCGGGUUUCAGGGGGAGUGACACUCCGAGGAGCCCUGGGAGGGGGCUAUAGGGAGCGAGUUUGUGGGGACGUAAGGAGAGAAAAAACCUUUGUAAACCUGACAAAGCGUCUGAGAUCACAGCAAGUAUCCUCGGAGGAGGAGAAGACGUGCAGCCGACGGAGAUUCCCAACUUUAAUGGAUUCUGUUUUUUCGGAGGACGUCGAAAUCUCUUGCUCGCUUUAGGCUACGCACCAGUCUACCCCAAAACUGUGCAUUCCUUCUCAUUUAGGAUGAAGUUUGCAGUACAUGGGAAGAUUAACAUGUUUCUGCGUUUUUGUUUAUAAGAAAGUACUGAAAAGUUGAAGGGAGAAGUUUGGCGGACGUAUCUCUUCUACGGAACUGCGUUUAUUUUUUCGGAAUAUACAAUCACAGGAUCCCACAAGAAUUGUAGACAUGCACGGAUUUUGGAAUUUCAGCGCAAAUUGUCCCUGAUCUGAAGGGUGGUUCGGCGGAUUUUGGGAUAGUGAAACAAUCGCUGCCUGGCAUUUUUGUUGCAGCAGAGAGAAGUCGCCCCAUCGGGAGUACACAUUCCUCUCUCUGUUCGGCUCAUGCACCCGCCUGCCGUUCCGUGCAUGUGGAUCGAAACUCAACACUUCAGUCCAUCGAGGUCAGGUGACCGGGGGACAUUCCUGUGAGUGACAGGCCGGACAGCCUGCAGUUCAUGGUUGGGUGGAGCUCCUCAGAUGGGGUCAGAGUCCAGGGGGAGGCGGAGGAGGGUGGGAUGGGGAAACACGCCCUCCAGUAAGGGAAUGUCCAUGUGGGCGUGGUUGCUGGGCGUGGUCCUGCUGUCCCUGCUAAGUGUUGCCACGGCGAGGCCGCCCGUCACUGCCACCGAGGAAGAGGAGACGACGCUUGAACCGGAAGAGCCUCCGACAAAAUACCAAAUCUCUAAGCCGACAGUGUGCUCCGUGCACCCCGGUGAACUGGUGAAGCUCAGCUGCCCGCUCCCCGAGGCGGGCACCGUCACCUGGACGAAAGACGGCUCCUCUCUGGGGCCCAGCAACCGCACCCUGAUAGGCCAGGAGUGGCUGCAGAUCCGCGACGCCACGCCCAAGGACUCGGGCCUGUACGCGUGCACCGCGGUCGGCCCCCUGGGCAGCGAAACGCUUUGCUUCAUUGUAAACGUCACAGACGCCAUCUCGUCCGGCGAUGAUGAAGAUGACACCGAGCGGUCCGAGGACGUGCCCGCCGACGGCGAACAGAUGCGGGCACCGUUCUGGACGAUGCCGGAGAAGAUGGAGAAGAGGCUGCACGCCGUGCCCGCCGCCAACACUGUGAAGUUUCGGUGUGCGGCAGGGGGGACCCCCCGGCCCAAAAUGCGCUGGCUGAAGAACAGCAGACCCUUCCGACAGGAGGAGCGCAUGGGGGGCUACAAGGUACGACACCAACACUGGACCCUUAUCAUGGAGAGUGUGGUGCCAUCGGAUAAGGGAAACUACACUUGCCUGGUGGAGAACCAGUAUGGAUCCAUCAACCACACCUACACUCUGGAUGUAGUGGAGCGGUCACCCCACCGGCCCAUUCUGCAGGCGGGGCUGCCGGCGAACACCACGGUCCGCGUGGGCGAGGACGCGCGUUUCGUCUGCAAGGUCUACAGCGACGCCCAGCCCCACAUCCAGUGGCUCCAGCACAUCGAGAAAAACGGUAGCCGCUAUGGGCCAGACGGACUCCCCUACGUGCGCGUUCUGAAGACCGCAGGUGUUAACACCACUGAUAAGGAGAUUGAAGUUCUCUACUUGCCCAAUGUUACUUUCGAGGAUGCUGGGGAAUACACCUGCUUGGCGGGUAAUUCUAUUGGGAUCUCCUAUCACACUGCUUGGUUAACGGUGAUUCCAGAUGGCCCCACAGACGGGCCCACCUUGUUGCCUCCGGACUACGUGGAGAUCGCCAUCUACUGCAUCGGAGUGUUCCUGAUCGCCUGCAUGGUGGUGAUCGUGGUCGUGUGCCGCAUGAGGACCACGGCCAAGAAGCCUGACUUCAGCAGCCAGCCGGCCGUGCACAAACUCAGCAAGCAGAUCCCUCUGCGCCGCCAGGUAACAGUGUCCUCGGACUCCAGCUCGUCCAUGAACUCCAGCACGCCGCUGGUGCGCAUCACCACCCGGCGCUCCAGCACGCAGGAGGAGGCCAUCCCCGAGUACGACCUCCCGCAGGACCCCCGCUGGGAGUACUCCCGCGACAGGCUCACUCUGGGGAAGCCGCUCGGCGAGGGCUGUUUCGGCCAGGUCGUCAUGGCGGAGGCCGUCGGCAUCGACAAGGAAAAGCCCAAGGAGGCGGUGACCGUGGCCGUGAAGAUGCUGAAAGACGACGCCACAGAAAAGGACCUUUCUGACCUGGUGUCCGAGAUGGAGAUGAUGAAGAUCAUCGGGAAGCACAAGAACAUCAUUAAUCUGCUGGGAGCGUGCACACAGGACGGUCCCCUGUACGUCAUCGUGGAGUACGCGUCCAAGGGGAACCUGCGGGAGUACCUGCGCGCCCGCCGCCCGCCCGGGAUGGAGUACUCGUACGACAUCGCGCGCGUGUCCGACGAGCAGCUCACCUUCAAGGAUCUGGUGUCCUGCACCUACCAGGUGGCCCGCGGGAUGGAGUACCUGGCCUCGCAGAAGUGCAUUCACAGGGACCUGGCCGCCCGGAACGUCCUGGUCACGGAGAGCAACGUCAUGAAGAUCGCAGACUUCGGCCUGGCCAGAGACGUCCACAACAUCGACUAUUACAAAAAGACAACAAAUGGUCGCCUACCAGUCAAGUGGAUGGCUCCAGAGGCCCUGUUCGACCGAGUGUACACACACCAGAGCGACGUCUGGUCUUUUGGGGUGCUCAUGUGGGAAAUUUUCACACUGGGAGGCUCCCCGUACCCUGGGAUCCCAGUGGAGGAACUCUUCAAGCUGCUGAAGGAGGGUCAUCGAAUGGACAAGCCAGGCAACUGUACAAAUGAACUGUACAUGAUGAUGAAGGACUGCUGGCACGCCAUCUCAUCCCACAGACCCACCUUCAAACAGCUGGUAGAAGACUUGGAUCGCAUCCUCACCCUGGCAACCAAUGAGGAGUACCUGGAUCUAUGUGCCCCAGCAGAGCAGUAUUCUCCUAGUUUUCCUGACACUCGGAGUUCGUGUUCCUCUGGCGACGAUUCCGUGUUUUCCCACGAUCCCUUGCCCGACGAACCCUGUCUCCCCAAGUACCAGCACAUCAAUGGAGGGGUGAAAACAUGAGGGGCGGGAACGCAGACUUACCCCUCCCUGCCUCCCACCCCACCCUUCACCCUCUCUGGCACCCAGAAGACUUCAGGAUCCAGCGGGUGGGGGGGGUGGGGGUGGGCUGGCAGCUGUGCUGCUGUCGAAAGUGAACUGAGGUGUGUGGGGAACACACACACACAUACAUACACACACCUACACGCAUACACACGUACACACGCACACACACACACAAACACACACGUAUGCACAAGCGUGUGAAUCAAGCUCUUAACAAGAGGACUGUCCUCUCUGGGUUUCCCUUCACUGACCGACUGAAUGGCCAUUCCAGGACUUCACUCUUAGCAGUUUUUUUAUUGUUAUUAUUUUGUCUUAUGGUUUUUUCCAAGGUUCUUGAAUUUUUCCUGAAAUUUUCGUCAUUCCGCUGACUGGCAUUCCAAGACUUUUUUUCCCAAGGGAAGAGCGAAAUGAGGGAUGCAAGAAUGAAAAUAAGAAACGAACUGAAAGACAAAAAAAAACAAAAAUAACAAAAAAAAAAAGGAAACAGGAGAGCAGAACACAGACACUGUCUCAUUUAUUUUGUAAUAUUGUUUCUUUUCUUCUUCCGAUACGCCCACACAAUUAUUAUUUUGGAGCAGAAUAACACACGGUAUAUAGUGCUGGGUAUAUUUGUAAAUAUAUUCAAAUAUGUAUAAAUAUAUAUUAUAUAUUUACAGUGAAUUAUUUUUUGUAUGGAUUCCCAUAAUAAUCCCCCCCUCCCUCAUUCUUGGAGGUGGAAGAGUGAGAUUCUGCCCUGGUAUGGACCCUGUCCUGAGUCUCACACGCACCUGUCCGUCACUCAAUCACAACAGUGGAGUAUUGGCCUUCAGGGAAAAGAGGUAGCAUGUUAAUUUAUUGACUUAUGUUUUUAAAAAUGAAUAAAAAUGUAAAAAAAAAGAAAAUGAACGAAACACAAUAAUAAAAUAAAUAAUAAUAUUAAUAAUAAUGAUAAAUAAUCCAUUCUGUUUAUUGUAAUUUAAAAUGAUCUUUCAGUGGAGGUAACAGAGAAAUAUUGUAGUGGGUACUUGAAAGAUCCUUGCUUUGUGUGUGUGUGUAUAUAUAUAUAUAUAUAUAUAUACACACACCCACACAUAAAUAAUUCAUAUGUUAAGUUUAAAUUCUGUACAGUCUGUACAUUUUAGAGUCCACAAUUCCCAUCCAUUCAUAGAUUUUUUUUUUCAUCUACUUUGUCCACUCAUAAGUUGUAUUUGAAAUGAGAAAAUACCGCAUAUUAAUAUAUGAUGGACAGAUACCCACUACUGUUCAGUUACUUCAUCUAGACUAAAUAUAGAUUCCACAGUGUUCUCAUAAGAAAAAAUGAUUGAAAGUGAAAAUGAACAAAAGUAUUAAAAAUCAUUCAUGUUUUCUACAGGACCAAUUAAAAUGUUUUCUGCAGGUGUUCAUUUUUUUGACACUUUUGCAAAAUUAAAGAUGAAAAUCUUA